AUUCAAUGGUGGUGGUCUUUGAAAUUGUUUCCAUCAAGAAUCUUAUUCAAAAAUUGAAAAAAAAAUAAUCGUGAUCAACGAACAACGAACAAAACACCUUGAAUAACACGAAAAAAUAACACUCACACAGACAAAGAGAUUAUCAUUUUAAACGUCCGAAUUUUUUGAAGAAAAAAUGGCAACCGAAAUUAGCAUCAAAUCUUUAUCGACAGCAACAAUGUUGUCGUCGUCGAGAAGAAAAAGUAAUAGGAAAAACAUUCAUAACAUUCAUAAUAACAAUAAUGUGAUGUUGACAAUAAAAUCAGUUUUUAUUAUCAUAAUAUUAAUAAUAAAUAUGAUAAAAUUUACAAAUCAAAUGAUGAUGUAUCAAACAAAUUCAUCACCAGCUCCGUUACGUAUUGGUAGAAUACCAUUAAAAGUACCAGUGAUAAAAGGACGUGUACCAUAUGUAACAUUCACUUCGACAUCGAAUGGUCAACAAAUUUAUUCAUCAUUAACUGAUUCCGCUGCUGCAUCCGCAUCCACAUCUGCGGCUGCCGCAUCAACAACAACAAACGAUGCAAAAUCAUCAACACAACCAUUAUCAUCAUCAUCAUCACCGACAACACCAACAUAUCAAACAUAUACGGAAAGACCAAUAUUGUUACAAAACAACAACAACAACAACAACAAUGUUGUUUCAACAACAAAAUUAUCAAAUUUAAAUAACAAUAAAUUAAAUCAUCAUCAACAUUCUCGAAUGAUAAAUAAUCGUUUUCCAUUAAAUGAAUUGGUCAAUGUAAUUGCACAAGCAGCAAUCAAUGGUGAUAUACCAUUCAAUAAAGUUGAUCUAAAUAAACCAUUUAAAAUGCAACAAUUACAAAUACCAAUAUUAUUAUUACGCCCGGAAGAUAUUUAUAAAGCAUCUGGUAGUAAUAAUAUUAAUUUUAAAUUGAUAACUGCUCAACCGAUUCGGAUACCGAUUUAUGAUUCCAUUACAAAAACCUGA